GAUGGCGAGGCUGCGGCCGGGCGGCUGGUGCUGGUGUGUGCUGCUGGCGCUGCUGCACUCCCGGGGCGGGCGGGCGGCGGCCAACGACACGGGCCAGGACACCGGCAUCUACGGGCUGCGGCUGGCGCAGGGCGUUCAGCAGCAUCAGGCGGUCGGGGGGGCCUCCUCGGAGGUGCUGCGGAUCACCGAGGGCCAGACGGUCAAGCUGCGGGUGUUCGGCAGCGGCAUCGACGGCGAGACGUGGCGGCGGGUGGCUUUCGCCGAGCUGGAGGAGGAGGAGGAGGAGGAGGAGGUGGAGGGCGGCGGCGGCGGCAACCGGAGCCGGCGGGCCUGCCCCAACCACAGCAAGGACAUGGAGGUGCAGCCCGGCGUGGAGGCCAGUCGGCCCACCUCGGCCCUGCUGACCGUGCAGGUCAAGGCGCUGAGGAAGCGGGAGCAGGCCCGCCUCUUCGGCCUGUGCAGCCGGGCCAAGGGCGGCGGGGCCUGGCUGCUGCACGCCGAGGCCGACAGCCGGCUGCGGGUGCUGGAGGAGGAGCCCCCGCUGAUGCCCAUGUGGCUGGAGAUCAUCCUGGCCUCCCUGCUGCUGGUGCUGUCGGGCAUGUUCUCGGGCCUCAACCUGGGCCUCAUGGCCCUGGACCCCAUGGAGCUGCGGAUCGUGCAGAACUGCGGCACCGAGGCCGAGCGGCGGCACGCCCGCACCAUCGAGCCCAUCCGGCGCCAGGGCAACUACCUGCUGUGCUCCCUGCUGCUGGGCAACGUGCUGGUCAACAGCACCCUGACCGUGCUGCUGGACGGGCUGCUGGGCUCGGGCUGGGUCACCGUGGUGGCCUCCACCGUUGGCAUCGUCAUCCUGGGUGAGAUCGUGCCCCAGGCGCUCUGCUCACGGCACGGGCUGGCUGUGGGUGCCCGCACCGUGGUGCUGACCAAGUUCUUCAUGUUGCUCACCUUCCCGCUCUCCUACCCCAUCAGCAAGAUACUGGAUUGCGUCCUGGGCCAGGAGAUUGGCAAGGUCUACAGCCGUGAGAAGAUCCUCGAGAUGCUCAAGGUGACGGGACCGUACAACGGCCUCGAGGCCGACGAGCUCAACAUGAUCCAGGGCGCCCUGGAGCUGCGCAGCAAGACGGUCGAGGACGUCAUGACGCCCAUCCACGACUGCUUCAUGGUGGCCAGUGACGCCGUUCUGGACUUCAGCACCAUGUCCGAGAUCAUGGAGACAGGCUACACCCGCAUCCCCGUCUACGAGCAGGAGAAAUCGAACAUCGUCGACAUCCUCUACGUCAAGGACUUGGCCUUCGUUGACCCCGAUGACUGCGUUCCCCUCAAGACGAUCACCAAAUUCUACAGCCACCCUCUGCACUUCGUAUUCUAUGACACCCGGCUGGAUACGAUGCUCGAGGAGUUCAAGCAAGGUAAAUCACACCUGGCGAUUGUACAGAAGGUGAACAGUGAAGGUGAGGGCGAUCCCUUCUACGAAGUGCUGGGCCUGGUCACUCUGGAGGAUGUUAUUGAAGAGAUCAUCAAAUCGGAAAUUCUUGAUGAAUCAGACAUGUACACUGACAAUCGCUCCAAGCGCAAGGUUACUCACCCCGGCAAGAAAAGGGACUUCUCAGCCUUCAAACCCAGCGUCCACGAGGUGAAAGUCAAGGUGUCCCCUCAGCUGCUGCUGGCUGCUCACCGCUUCCUAUCUACAGAGGUCAGUCUUUUUGCCACCGCUUACAUGUCAGAGAAGAUCCUGCUUCGCCUCCUCAAGCACCCCGACGUCAUCAACGAAAUCAAGUUUGAUGAGGGCAACAAGUUGGCUGCUGAACACUAUCUCUACAUACGUGGAAGGACAGUCGAUUACUUUGUCCUCAUUUUACAGGGUAAAGUGGAGGCAGAGGCUGGCAAAGAGGACAUGAGGUUUGAGACGGGACCGUUCUCCUAUUAUGGUACCAUGGCCCUCGGCAAUCCGACUAUGGACACCCGUCCGUCCUCCCGCAACAGUGAGCUAAGUCGCUCCAUGUCACUGCAUUAUGCUGAGCACUCGGAAUCCACGCCAUCCAUAGUCCUGCCCAGCACUACAGUCUCCUUGGCACAUUACGUUCCUGAUUUCUCUGUCAGGGCACUGACUGACCUGCAGUACGUCAAGAUUACACGGCAGCAAUACCAGAAUGGAUUAUUGGCAUCGAGAUUGGACAGCACCCCCCAGUCCCCUGAGAACCCCCACAUGAAGAUCGACAUGCCUGCAGUGGAGAAACCGGAGAAUAUAGCAGACGAAACCACAAACCUCCUGAACGAGCAAAACUCUUUGAACCGUAGAUCGAAUCACACUUUGGAAAACAGUAUAUGACCCUGCUCUGAGACAUCUGGUACUCUGGAGGGUUGAGCUCAGCUUUUGGGCAUUUAAAAUGGUUUGUGUGAACAAA